AUGGUUCUUUCAUCGCCGCUUAAAUUCAAGGCUGGAAAAGUCGACUACAACGAGGAAACCAAGGUGUAUACCCCGAACCCGGUCAAGGGCGAGAUUGUGAUCAGCCAGAGCGACGAGGGCGACGAGUUCUAUCUGUUUGUGUGGAAGCCUCGUGACAACACUGUGUCGGGAAUAGACUCUGAGGAAUUGCUUGUGAUUGCUGGAGACGUGACGUGGAAAAAGGUCAAGUCGUGCAAGUCGGGAAGAGUGUACAUGCUCACGUUCUUGAGUAGCGGGGCCAAGAACCUGUUCUGGAUGCAAGACAUCAAUCAAGACGAAAACGAUCUGUCCAAGGAAACAGACCAGGACAAAGAGAUUUAUCGGAAAAUCAACGAAUUGUUCCAGGAGAACGAAUAG